AUGGAGCCGGUGUUGAAGCACAUGGAUUUGCAUGCUCACUGGAAACCACCACCGAUAUUUGCGAUUCAUGUUUUCAAAGCCAUCAUCUACAGUAUCCAGAGCCAAAACAGUUACUUUGUUAUACAGGAACUGAUUAACCAUCUCGAUUCGAUGAGUAGUGCUGAUGCUGUGAUUCGUAUUGGAAUUGCCACCGUGCUUUCUAAUAUAGUAUCGAUCGCUGGAACGAGUAUAGGACCGUUGCUGUUGUCGAUUUUCAACUCUCUUCUGAAGCACUUGCGAACAUCAGUAGAUUUUGAGAGGUCAGAGAAAUGCAAGGAUUCUGAGGCCGAGAAGAUGUAUCAGGAGGCGCUAAUCAACGCUAUGGGCGAUUUUGCGAAUGCGCUGCCGGAUUAUCAGAAGGUGGAAAUGAUGAUGUUCACUGUGGGAAAUAUACCAAAUUUGGAUGAAAAGCGAGUCAAGCAAGGCGACGAGUUUUUGCAACACGUUUUGGUGAAGACAUUGCUAAAGGUGAGUAGCAGAGCUUACAUUUCAGAGAAUCUUGAAGGCGCAGUGGACGCUGGUCGAAUGGGCGGUGACACCUAA